UUCAUUCAUAUUCACAUUCACACGCAAGUUUUGAACUAGUUCUUUCUACUGUUCUAGGUUAAGCUCUCUUCAAUCUCUACGAUUCCAAAUCCAAACGUUGCCGUUAUCCAAAACACUACUCUCGUAGAUCUCUCUCUCUCAAAACUCACAUUCCCCAAGCUCGUUUCUUCCUUUUUCUCUUCAAUCGCUUCGCUAGGGUUUCUACAAACCACUUCUCUUUCUCCUCAUUUUACCCAAGGCCGUUAAAUUGGAUUGAAUGACCGCUUGGAGACAACCAGAGGACAACUUCAAGCAUGUUGAACGGGGAGAGAAGGUGGGCCUCUUCCACCAGAAGAGGUGGUAUGACCGUGUUGGGGAAAGUUGCUGUUCCAAAACCUAUAAAUUUACCUAGUCAGAGGCUAGAAAAUCAUGGUCUGGACCCAAAUGUGGAGAUUGUACUCAAGUGCAAGGGUUCCCUCAGCUGGGGAAGUAAAUCACCAUCUUCGGCAUUAAAUGCAUGGGGUUCUUCUGUAUCUCCAAGUGCCAGUGGUGGGACUAGUUCACCAAGUCAACUAAGUGCCCGUCCAUCAUCUGGUGGAAGUGGAACCCGGCCUUCAACUUCUGGUAGUGACAGGGCUUCUGAGCUAACUAGUAGAGCAUGGGGGUCAAACUCUCGGCCUUCAUCAUCAUCUGGUGUACCAACAUCAAGUCAGACUUCUCAGGCACCAUUGCGUCCUCGCAGUGCUGAAACAAGACCUGGUAGUUCAGAAUUAUCUCGAUUUGCUGAACAUGUGACUGAAAAUUCAGUGGCUCAGAAUGUUGCUAGAACUACAGAAAAACUGGGAAUAACACAACGCAAGAAUGAUCAUUUUUCUUUGAGCUCUGGAGAUUUUCCUACUCUUGGUUCUGAGAAGGAAGAGUCUGUACAUAAUUUUGAGUUGCAAGACCACAGUUCUCAUAUGCGCCCUGGCUCUUCUGCUGUACUUGGGAACAAGAAAAAUGAGACCUCAAUUGUUGAUGAUGUUUCUAUUCGUGCAAAUGAGAAGGGUGAAACCGAAAAUUCUUGGAGAAGAGACUAUCAGGCUUUCAAUGAAGAUGGUAUGAGGCCAGGAAUAGAGAAAUGGCAGGGGAAUCUACAUCACUAUCCUAAUGCUGGUAUUCUUCCUCAGCAUUUUGAUGUUUGGCGUGGUGCUCCAGUAAAUAGCCAUCAAGGUGAUAUUUGGUUCAGAGGUCCUCCUAAUGGUUCUCCAUUUGGAGUUCCUGUUGCUCCGGGUGGCUUCCCAAUUGAACCAUUUCCAUUUUAUCGUCCACAUAUUCCACUUACUGGUCUUGCCAAUCCACUUCAAGUUCCCUCUCCUGGAAGUGGUCCAACAGGGCAGCAUAAGAAUGGAGAAGUCUAUAUGCCCCAUAUGCCUGAUGCUUACAUUCCUCCGGGUAUGCCAUUGAGACCUGGUUUCUAUCCUGGACCUAUGGCCUAUGAAGGAUACUAUGGACCUCCAAUGGGCUAUUGUACUUCUAAUGAACGAGGUGUUCCUUUCAUGGGAAUGGCAACUGGACCCUCUGUUCAGAAUAGGAACCCAAGUCAUAAUCCACCUGAGCCUGGCAAUUCACACGGUCGAUCUGGUGGACAUGGACCUGCAGGAAAACCAUUGGCAUCAGAGCCAGUAGAAUCCAGUCAUACCCCUGAUGCCGCCAGACCAUAUAGAGUUCUUCUUAAGAAACAUAACAAGUUGGAUGAAAAAAAUGAACCAACAAACUUGGAGGACUCGUUAACAACGAAUCCUUCAUAUGCCAAUGUGAGGGACCAACCAAUAAUUCCUGUCCCGGAUAAUGAUUGCAGAAGGAACAUGGAUAUGGAUUUAAGGAUGACAAGUGCUUGUGGCAAAGAAUCUUCUUCUCAAACUUUGGGAAAUCAAGGAUCUAUUUCUGUCAAUAAUGCCAAGUCUCUUGAAAGCAUAGGAAACUUAAAUAAAUUUGAUAAUUUUUCGGAAAGGAAAAUGGAUGGUGUAGCUUCUAAUACACUAGGAAUUGCCUCAAGACCGUCUGCCCAUUCCAUUCUGAUUCAGAAGAUAGAGGCUUUAAAUGCAAAAGCCAGGGAUAACUCUUCUACUAAAAAUAAAGAGGAGAGGAGGAAUAAGUUUCACACUGGUGGCCAUGCGGGAAAUGAAGCUCGUGCCGGUGUUGCGUCUCCUGAGACAAGUCUUGUCACUGAAGUUAAAAAUCCAACUGCUCGUGGAGUGGGUGCUUUUGGAGGCGAAAAGAAUUUUGAAUCAUCAUCUCUCAGUAGAACAGCUACAUCCAGGCAAAUUUCUCAUGGCAUGCAAGCCAGAAGCAAUCAUCAGAAGCGAAGGCUCGAUACUCAAGAUGCUGAUGGUGGGCGAAAGAGAUCUGGCGUCUUAGAUUCUUCAACUUUAUCAGGUACACAGUUGGAAACAUCCAACUUUCUUGUUGGCGAGCAUCAGAUAUCUGUUGAUGCCUAUGAAAGGUCUGGGUACUAUAGCCACAUGAGGCGCGAAAGAGAAGCUAGACAAACCUUAUCUGAUUCAGCUGAUAGCCGUGAACAGCGUGUCAAAACAAAAGUGUUGUCCAAGCAACAGAGUAAGCAACUGCAGGUGGAUGAGGAGGCUCGGACUAAAAAUCAAAUUGCUAAAUCAUUAGUGAGGUCAGAGGAGGGAAAGAUGUUGUUCAAGCAACAGACUAAGCAACUGCAGGUGGAUGAAGAGGAGCGGAUUAAAAAGCAAAAGGCUAAAUCUCUAGUGAGGUCAGAGGAGGGACGCAGUCGCGCGGAAGCAGUGGAAGGGUCAAUGCAGAAAGUGUAUGCUGCUAAUUCUCCCCUACAGAAUAAGCAAGAAGAAUUUCAACCAUCUGAAUCAGCAGCAGCAUUGGGAAAAUCAGGGGCAGCUAAUUCUUCUGAAAUGCCUGAUGCCAGUGAUGCUUUACAGGCUCAAAACAAUGUUGUCUCAAAGCAGAGAAGAAGUUAUAAACAAAAGCAUAAUCGUUCUCUAAGUAAGACUUCAAAUGUUUCCACCACCUCAGCUGCCCCGGAAGCUGAGAAUGACACUAUGGCUUAUGUUAAUGUAUCUUCCAGCAUUGUUACCAAUGACGUAAGUUCGUCCUUUGUCCCAGGCUUACCCUUGAAUUUAACUUCUAUGGUCGAGUCAUCUGUAAACCAGAAAAGGAAGAAUAACAGGAAUAGGAAAAACAAACAGAAAGUUGAAAAGAUUUCAUCCUUGGCUGCAUCACCAACUGCAAGCUCUGUUGAAAAUAAACCCAGGGAAGACAGAGAGUUAGAUCAGGGCUCACUUCAGUCAUCAUCCUUGUCUAAAGAUUCAAACCAGUAUUCAGAGCAAAAAUAUUCAGAAAAUGAAGAAUUCUAUAGUAGAAAGAAUAACCUGUUGAAAUCACAGCAUUCUCGUAGGAUGCCAAGAAACAUGCAGGUUAAUAGACGAGCAGAGAAAUUCCAUGGGAGUGGAGCUUUGGUGUGGGCACCUGUUAAACCACCGAACAAGAUAGAGAUCUUGGAUGAAUCAAGUGAGAAAAGUAAAAUUGAGGCAAUUGUUCCUACAAAGAGUGAUCAGCAGGUGCUUAAUUUAAAAAAUAAGAGGGCUGAAAUGGAGCGAUAUGUUCCAAAACCUGUUGCAAAAGAAAUGGCUCAGCAAGGAAGUUCACAACAAAUGGUGUCCUCAAAAAGUCAGGUUCCUAUGGAUAAAUGUGUUGAAAGAGAUGAUUCUGGUUCUCAAGGCCCCCACAUAACUCGGCAUACUAUUUUAGGUGUUGGAAUGGUGGGUUCUGUCAUGGAAUCUAAAAAUGGAGAUAGUAGGCAGUCUAGGGCUUGGAAGGGAAAAACACAUGGAUCAUGGUGGCAAAGGAAUUCAGCAGAAUCAAAUGAUGUGCAUGACAUGCUAGAUGGAGCAGACCAUGGUUCAAACUCCUGUCAAAAUAUUAAGACACCGAUGGAGCAUCAGAAAGUGCAGAUUUCUGAAACAAGAGGACAAUCGAAGCAUGCCAAUGACGCUAGUAAACUUGGUGGCUUAAACAAGCCAGAAAAUCAUGCUUCAGCUCCGGUUUCUGUUCCUAUUAUAAAAGAUCAUAAAGCAACGGUUAGGGAAAGGCGGGUUCCUUUUAGUCGGCAAAAGGGCUCAGAGGUGAACCAUGUUGAUCAGAAGAAAAAUGCUACGGAUACAAGGAAAUCUGAAACACUGACAUCUUCCUCUGUGCACAAUCAACCAGAUAUCAAUGUUGUUUUGAAGGAAAAUCGAAGUAUUGGAGAACAUUUGUCAUCGCACCGGCAACCCAUAUUUCAGGCAUCAAAUAAUCAUAGAGGAAAUAGAUCAAAGAAAAAGGAGGUUACGCCUCAUGUCAGUUUAUCAUUUCCAGAUGAUCUGGACAUGGAGUCUAGCUCUCCUGUGGCACAACCUCUCAGCCAAUCAGUCUCUGAGAAGAGCAAGGGUAGAGAAGCUCCAAAUUUUGGGAAUCCGGAGGCUUUAAGAGAGAGUAGAAAUGCUCCACCAAAAGGCCAUCGCCACUACCCAAAUCAGGUAGCUGUUGGCUCAAGUGAGCAUGCUCCAAGAAGUAUGGAUCCUAGGCAUCAACAUUACCCAUCAUCUGGGUUGAGGAGAAAUGGAAGCCAAAGUCAUUUUGGAAAGGGACGUGAAUCUCAGGGAAAUUGGAAAACACGUACGCAGGAUGACAGAUAUCAUAACCAGGAAAGACAGGGUCCUCCGAACUUUCAUUAUGAGCAUCACUCUGUUUGGCCACAUGGUGACAGCAAAUCAGACAACUCUGAACGACCUAAAGAUGGUAACUAUCAUGCUGGGGGAAGAUUUAGGGAGAGGGGUCAAACGCACUCAAGACGAGGUGGUGGAAACUUCUCUCGGCACUAGCUAGUAGCUAUAGUGGUGGUUUCGAUUAGAAGCUGUUAAUGGGUAGUGGUUAUAUUCCUACAUGGUUUAUAUGCUCCACCAGAAAGCCUUACAUUUAUUUAUUAGUGUUUUGUUCAGCCUUGUUUGUUGCUUCCUUUAAGUUUUGAAUGUUAAUGUAGUUACAUCAGUUAUGUUCUGAUGGUUGUGGUAGGAAUUGAGCAAGGCUACAAAUAAUGAAUACGAUGCCUCCUUUUUUUAAGGCUGGGGAGAGAAAUAGUUAUGUUGGCUUGGCUCCCCUCCCUUGUGGGUUAUUAUAAGAUUGAAAAUAGUAAUUUGAUGGCUUUUCUAUUUUAGUCU